GCACCGAAAGACCCUCAGGAACAGGUGCUAGCACCGUCCGUUCCAACGCUCCCGGCUGCCGCAACCGGUUUCUUCGUACCCGGUGGUGCCGCCCCCGGUGGACAGCAAUCGAACAAUGCCCCUGAGGGUAUGCCACAGUUUUACAAUCCGAAUCAGUUUGCCGGUGCCGGCUAUCAGCAGUAAUGAGUAUGCUCCGGGACGUCUGGUGGAAGGUUUGGCAAACAAAACAAAAUAGUAUCAUUCACAUACCACACAACAAAAAACCCACACCUACUAUCCUGUUUGAACAGCCUUCAAGUAGUAUGCAUUAUGUGGCCGGGGGAAUGUGGCGUUUUACGUUUUUGGUAUUUUGAUUUACUCACAAUGACUGUCCCUCGGAAUCCGGCGCAGUGGCGUAUGUUUGAGAUGUUAGUCCCUUAACCAUCCCGCGGAGGUGUUGCUGUAUCCAAUUGGUUUCUUUUGAGUGUACAGGGAAUAAGGACAGUCGAAUCAAACGUUCGUUGGCUUUGCCCGUGCUUAGGUGCUAGGUGUAGCGUGUGUGUUCCGUGCAGCAAAAAUAUGUUACUUUCCUGUCAUGGUUUUUAGAGCGUAGUAUCUUUCUUUUGUAUAUGUUUCAUUUUGUUUUUAAUGGGUGCGAAGGAGCGGAAUCAAGUUGCAAUAUUGACGAGGGCUGAAUAGAUUGCUAUUCGCCUUCGCUUCCUCUGUUCCUUUUGGAAUUGUGCAAAACGUGGUGAUGUAGCAUUAUUACUGUACAUUGCUGGGUUUAUUUUGUGAGAACUGAUCGUCCUACACAGGCACAGUGGACCAGCAGUUGUUUGCUGAUCGGUCGUGGUGGUGUGGCUUAGCUGUUAGAGAAUUGCAAAUAUGUUCUAUUGUUGGCGUUGCGCCGAAGCAAACAAAAAAAAAGCCUCAGCUAUAUGCAGGCGAAAGACAUUCUUAGUGAGAGUUAUCAUUUCCUUGUUUUAAACUUAUACUUUGUUACUGUGCGGGCUGGCUAUUGGGGAUACGUAAAAGUUGAAAUUUGUUCUAGUAAUAUAAGUUCCUUGCACCAACUACUUCCUCCUGCGUGUAUGCGAUGCGUGUUGAGUGUGUGUUUGUUCGUAGACGAGUGUGCAAUCGUGUGCAGAGAGAUCGAGUCAUGAUCGAGAGUGAUCCGUAGUAAGCCCCCGGGGAGUUGCGAGGCGGAGCUGUGCGGCGCGUCACUUUGUGAUAUCUGAACUGAAGGGAAGGCAACGCGCUAGGGUUACUCUGUUUUAUGCUUCUAGUUUUGUGUUCCAAUAGAUUCUGCUUCCUUUAGCAUCCUAUGAUUACGUUUGCUUAUUGUAUUGCGUUGCGUUACGAAAAAAUCACCAACGAUUGCGCUCCGAUCGGUGGCCAGGGAUUGACAUCUGCAGGCCGUGAGCACAGACGAGACAGAAAGAAGGGGACUGGUGGUGCGUGCACGAUGAACAAUGUAUGAUAAUAUAUAUUUAGCCAAUUUGACGACAAAAUAAAGUAUCGCAAACAAUCGACUACUGUA